CUCCUGCAUUGCAGAGCCUUCUCACUAAGACUGGUCCCUGAGGAUGGGUGUCAUCUUACUGCUGGCUGCCUGGAGCUGCUGGUAGACCCUCCUGAAGAGCAAGAUGAUGGCCAUGAACGCCAAGCAGCCUUUCGGCAUGCACCCGGUGCUUCAAGAACCCAAAUUCUCCAGCCUGCACUCCGGCUCCGAGGCCAUGCGCCGAGUCUGUCUCCCAGCCCCGCAGCUGCAGGGUAAUAUAUUUGGAAGCUUUGAUGAGAGCCUGCUGGCACGCGCCGAAGCUCUGGCGGCGGUGGAUAUCGUCUCCCACGGCAAGAACCAUCCGUUCAAGCCCGACGCCACCUACCAUACCAUGAGCAGCGUGCCCUGCACGUCCACUUCGUCCACCGUGCCCAUCUCCCACCCGGCCGCGCUCACCUCGCACCCGCACCACGCCGUGCACCAGGGCCUCGAGGGCGACCUACUAGAGCACAUCUCGCCCACGCUGAGCGUGAGCGGCUUGGGCGCCCCCGAGCACUCGGUGAUGCCGGCCCAGAUCCACCCGCACCACCUGGGCGCCAUGGGCCACCUGCAUCAGGCCAUGGGCAUGAGCCACCCACAUGCCGUGGCGCCUCAUAGCGCUAUGCCUGCCUGCCUCAGCGACGUGGAGUCGGACCCGCGAGAGCUCGAGGCCUUCGCUGAGCGCUUCAAGCAGCGGCGCAUCAAGUUAGGGGUGACCCAGGCGGACGUGGGUGCGGCCCUGGCCAACCUCAAGAUCCCCGGUGUCGGCUCGCUCAGCCAGAGCACCAUCUGCAGGUUCGAGUCUCUCACUCUCUCGCACAACAACAUGAUUGCGCUCAAGCCGGUACUCCAGGCCUGGCUGGAGGAAGCCGAGGCCGCCUACCGAGAGAAAAACAGCAAGCCGGAGCUCUUCAAUGGCAGCGAGCGGAAGCGCAAACGCACGUCCAUCGCGGCGCCAGAGAAGCGCUCCCUGGAGGCCUACUUUGCGAUCCAGCCGCGGCCCUCAUCCGAAAAGAUCGCGGCCAUCGCCGAGAAACUGGACCUUAAAAAGAACGUGGUGAGGGUCUGGUUCUGCAACCAGAGACAGAAACAGAAACGAAUGAAGUACUCGGCUGUCCACUGACUGCGACGGGGCACGGCGUCCGGGGCCGGGAGAGCUGAGUGUAUGUCCCCCUGGAGUUGGGGGGGGAACGGUUAUGGGGGCUCCAAGACGUUUCCUGGCAGGUCAGGCUCUCACCCCCGAAGUCACAGACUUUCCCCUUUAUCCUGAUUGGUUGCCUCCCGGCCUUCUCUUUCCCUUCUUUCCUUUCUGUUCCCACCAGAAAAGUUUGGGCGCUAAGAAAAAAAUUCAGGAAAGGCAGGCCUGGAGGGACUUGUGCUCUCCGUGGUGCUGAAAAUAUCCCUCGCGCCCAGGACUGCGCAACCUCAGGGCAGGAGCCCAAAAGCAAGGGAUAGUUAAUUAGCCCGACCGCACGACUCUGGCGUGAAGGCAUCACUUGGCUUAGCGUGAUUAGACAAGGGGUGAAGGGAUGGGAAGGAAGUGAUAAGUAAUAAUACAAAGUCUAAGUGGGGCACAAACAUGUACUGGAGAUUUAUUUAGAGUAUAUAAAAUACACGUAUGUUUCCAAAGGAUAGCCUUAUACUCCCUUCCCCGCCUAAAUUCUAUCCAUCUCAUCCUUUGGUUUGCUGUAAGUUCUCUAAGGUAGCAUGGAUUAGGUUCAGGGAAAAUGUGCAGAGAGUUGCCGGCUCCGAGCUGUUCUCCGCCAUAAGGUGGGUUCCAGAAAAAGUGGGCCCUUUUCAGCGACUGAAAAUGGUGGAAUCCUGUAGCUGGCUUGCAAGCAGCAGCCGGCCCCUGCUGUGGCCCAUCCUCCACGAUCUGCUGGCCGUUCGAGGGGUAAAGACUGCCUGCAGGAAGGCAGGGGAUUGGUAGCUUUCCGGUCGGACUGAGGACUCUCUGACCCUUGCUCCUUGUUCCAGACUCUCAGAGCAGCGUAGAGGCGGCUGCCUGAACGAAAGUAACUGUAACUCUCCGGAACACAUGCAAGUCCUUCUAACACGGCUCACCUCGUUGCGCUUUUAUUACUGUUCGCAUCGUUGUUUACUGUUAUUUAUUACCACCACUUUUUUCCAUCCCCCAACCUCUUGGUGGAGGUUCACUAAUAGUUUUGAGCUGAUCGUGGGGCCAAACCACUGGCCUGGGUCCUUUUCACCCCAGUCCCUCUGGCCCCGUCACAUUUUAUCUUUCGUUACUUCAUGUAAUUUGCGUGUUGCUGUGUGACCUUUGGUUUUGUUGUCCGAAUAGAUGCAAAUAAAAUAUUGUUUCCUUCUCUCUUUACCCCUUGAAUUAACUUCUAAAAUAAAUGCUUUAUUUUUCAACC